AUGGCUCCAACACUGCAUCUAGUCCGCCACGCCCAAGGCUACCACAACCUCUCCAAAGAAAACGAAAAGCUGCCCGACCCAGACCUCACCCCCCUCGGCAUCCAGCAAUGCGCCCACCUACGCGCCCACUUCCCGCACCACGCCCAGCUCAAGGGCCUCGUCGCCUCGGGCAUGCGCCGCACGCUGUACACCUGCAUCAACGCCUUUGGCGUCGACGAGCUGUACCCCGUGACUGCGCUGGAUUCGCUGCAGGAGUGCUCCGACGCGCCCUCGGACACGGGGUCGUCGACGGAGAAGCUGGCUGCCGAGUUUGGUGAGAGGGUCGACGUGAGCAGGAUCCGCGAGGGGUGGGAUUUCAAGGGCGAGGGGAGCUACUUUGAGCCUUCGCUGGAGAAGCUGCCGGUGAGAGCGAGGGAUGCCAGGUUGACGCUGAGGGAGAUUGCGGCUGGUUUGGGGGAUGAUGCGCACAUUGCUGUGGUUUCCCACGGUGCCUUUUUGCACUUUUUGACCGAGGACUGGCAUGGCAUUACUGAAAUAUAUCCCACAAGUUGGAAGAACUGCGAAUACCGCUCCUUUCAAUUCAUUGAUCCCACAGGCCGGGAUCCCAACGCCGAGAUGCGCGAGACUGACGAGAGCUGGCGCCGGCGACACGGUAGUCUGGAGGUUCCCACCGCAGAUGAGCAGCGGGAACUGCGCCAAAUGAUGGAGCGAGAACUUGCACCCUUUUUCAAAGUGAAGAAUCACAUAUAA